AUGCAUUUCCGUUUCAUCGCAGCUCUUGCCCUCAUGGCAAUCCCAGCAAGCAUGGCAGCACCCAUUGCAGAGGCAGAGGCAGAUGCGGCUCCUGCAGAUUAUAGCGGCUAUGGAACGUAUCCAAAACCAGCUGGAGGUUACGGAACUUAUAACGGCGCCCCAGUACCAAGUCCCGUACCUGUUCCAUCACCUGUACCGGCACCUGCUUCUGGAUAUGGAUCAUACCCUGCACCUGCCGGCGGCUAUGGUAAAUACCCAGCACCUGCAGGUGGGUACGGAAAAUAUCCAAAGGAGUAA